CUAAUACAACGUGUUGUCAGGCUAAUCUGCCGCGAGUCCCAGGAGGACUCGUUUUCCCUUUGGGGACUUUUUCUUUUCUAAGUUUGGUCCCGGAACCGCUUUGAGUUUCAGCUGGUGGUUCGUACGCACAAGGUUUCUCCCUUGUCGGGGAGCGGCAUAGCUUGGAAAAUCUUACUUGAUUGGUAAGAAUAAGGGACAUUCCAGCGAUGGAGGGGGAUCAACAGCAAGAGACUGUUGCAGAACCAGAACCCUUACCUAACGCAGAAGGCGAUGGUCCAGAAGAUGCUUCAGACAUUGCAUCAAAUAUUUCUGAUGCAGAUGCAUUAAAAAUACUUCUGGAGAUGAAGAUGAAGAAGAGACAGAAGAUGCCCAGCCUUCCCAGCACUGUGACGGAAUUUGCAACUGAAGAGGGCUCCAAAGUUUAUGUCGUUGGCACUGCCCACUUCAGUGAUAGCAGCAAAAAAGAUGUGGUAAAGACAAUACAGGAGGUUCAACCUGAUGUGGUCGUGGUCGAGCUGUGCCAAUAUAGAGUUUCUAUGUUAAAAAUGGAUGAAAGAACUUUGCUAAAGGAAGCCAAAGAAAUCAAUCUGGAGAAGCUUCAGCAAGCUAUAAAGCAGAAUGGGCUCAUGUCUGGAUUGAUGCAAAUGCUGCUGCUGAAAGUCUCUGCACAUAUCACGGAACAAUUAGGAAUGGCUCCCGGAGGUGAAUUCAGGGAAGCUUUCAAAGAGGCGAGCAAAGUGCCUUUCUGCAAGUUUCACCUUGGAGAUAGACCCAUUCCAGUCACAUUCAAGAGAGCCAUUGCUGCACUUUCUCUCUGGCAAAAAAUAAAGCUUGCUUGGGGCCUCUGUUUCCUGUCUGACCCGAUCAGUAAAGAUGAUGUGGAGAAAUGCAAACAAAAGGAUUUACUAGAGCAAAUGAUGGCAGAAAUGAUUGGAGAAUUUCCAGAUCUUCACCGAACAAUUGUUUCAGAAAGAGAUAUUUAUUUGACCUACAUGCUGAAGCAAGCUGCAAAAAGAACAGAACUACCUCGUGCUUCUGAAGCUGAACCUAGAAGAUGCGUCCCUUCUGUUGUAGUUGGGGUGGUCGGCAUGGGUCAUGUACCGGGGAUUGAAAAAAACUGGAACACCGAUUUGAAUAUCCAGGAAAUAAUGAGUGUGCCUCCUCCAUCCACGUCCAGUAAAAUCCUAAAGUUUGUUACAAAGGCUACAGUAUUUGGACUGGUGGGCUAUGGCUGCUAUCGGAUGGGACACAGGACAGUUCGGUUUAUUCUUUCUGUGCCCAUUGCACAGAAGUAUCUUCAGAAACUGAUAAACAUAAAAUCUCAGCAUUGAUUUGGGAGACUCUGCAUCUGGUUGGGACAAAAUGGAAUGCACAUAAAACUGGAAAACGAGGCAAGAGAGUUUUUGUCCCAAAGUCUGUUCUGAUGCUGAGUUACUGCACAAUCACUGGAUUGGCAUUAAGUGCUACACCAGCUGUGAUCUAUAUAAUUAAAUAUUUUCCUAUCAAUCUAAUAAAUUGUGUGGCAUAAACAUAUAUGCCAAUAUAAGGUACUUAGAAUAUGUACACAUAUAUUAUAUUAAUAUGUGUAUGUAGCAUAUUUAUAAUGAUGAAAUAAGACAACAGUUUGCCCAAUACGAUCCACUGGUAACUACCAACAAGCACCCUAAAAAUGAAUGAAUCUUUUGCAAGAAUCUGUACAGUUCUUCUCAUCACUGUAGCUUGCACAGGAAAAAUGCUGUGACCUUUGAUUUGUCUGUCAAAGGAACAGAAAAACAAUUAUGCGAAUUGUGUUCUAAUUAGAAAGCACAGUGGCCCAUAUGGUGUGUGUGUUUUCAUUAUCAGUAAUAUUGAGUUAUAUUUCCUAGAGUCAAGCAAUUCAAUCUUUAGAAGGAUCCCUUCUUACUGGAAAUCUUUUAUACAUAGUGGGUUUUUUAAAAGAAAAAAAAAACCUGAACAAAACUUUUGGAAUAUCACAAAUAUGCUGGCUAUUAUUGAUAAAAUCAUUAUCUUUUGAAAGCCUUAUUCACUUUAAAAGUUGCCUUUAGCAUUACUAAGCAGACGUGAUCCAGCCAAAAUUAAGCACUUUAAAAUUCAAAUUGUAUAAGGCAGGAGUGCAGAACUUUGACUGGAACAUGCUUUUGCUUUUAGGCCUCUACAACAAUUUUUUUUUUCCUUAAAUGAAAAGUUUAGCUGCAGUCUGCUUCCCCCCCCCCCUUUAUUACAGUUUCUGUUAGAAAACCUAUGUUUAUAAGACUCUCAGUUCCUGUUGGCGUGAAUGUCAGUGUUUAAAACUUACUGAGAAAAUUAUACAUUUAUACUGUAGACUUUUUCAUUCCUUUCAUUCCUCCUUUUUGGAAAAAAAAAUCUGGAACAGCUGUGUAUGUAGAAUUUAUCUUUCAUUUCUUGAAUACCAUGUGAGCUAUUAUCACAAUUCCAUGUGAAUGUAAUAAAAUACUGAUUAAAAGACUAAAUGGAAUGUUAUUUUAACAGAUACUAGUGUUUUUAAAUUGUCUGGAUUUUGCUAACAUUACAUUAUGGGUACUUUUCAACUAAUUGAACUUUUUAACAUCACAUUUUUUAAAAAACUGUCAUGUAUAUUUAUAUGCCAUUAGAAUUAGGACUGUGUAUUUUUUUCCUCCCUACAGAUCAUAAUAAGGUAAUAAUCAGCCCACUGGAAACAUUGUUAGGAUUACAACUUUGUUGAAUUGGCAAAAAAAAAAAAAGAACCUUGUUCCUUCUCUCCUCAUUUUUUGGGAGGAUGGAUAAAAGUGCACAAUUAGUGAUUGAAAUUAACAAGUGGAUCUCAUUUAGUGAUUGCCUUGUUUAGUGAUAGUAAUUACAAUGGUGAUGCAAAAGUACUUACUCUUGCAUUUAUGAUUGUAAAGAGCUAAAGUAAGAUCAUAAGCACAGUUGUAAUUUCACUUAGCAACUGCUUUCCUUAACAAACAAGUUGCUGGUCCCAAUUGUGGUGGCUAAACAAGGAAGGACUACCUGUAACAUCUAUGCUUUUGAUUGUCUUUUUAGCACAGCAAACACGGGAAUCAAAACCUUCAACUGAGGGCUAUUAGAAACCUGCUUUUGAAAGGUUCUGGGGUCCACCUCUAUUUCCUUAGCAUAAUCUGGAACAGAGAAGUGUGCUUAGGUCCCACUAAAAAAACUAAGGCUUAAGCACUAUUGACUAUAAGGGGCAUGUCUAUGCUUAAUGCUUGCCUUUGGGGUAAUGGCCUUCGUUUUCUUGCAGCUGAUCUUGAAGUAGAGAAAUGUCAUCAUAGGGCAGGAUGGACUUCAAGACAGUUUGAAAUCAAUAGGAGUGGUAACAGUCUAACGGGCUGUGUUCCCCAGCAGCAGGGGGAACAAAUAUUGCUGAUUGAAGUUUAUUUUUUAAUGGCACUAUGCAUUGCUAUUAUAUCUGCAAAAACAACAACCUGAUCUUGCUAGUUAAUUGCAUUAGAAACAAUUUGUUCUAAGAUUGUGCCAAUCAGUUGUAAUCAGUUUUCUGAACUAUUAGAUUUCUACUCCUAACAUUCCCAGCCAAUCAGAUUGAAGAAUAUGGAUCCAUAAUAUGGUACCUCAAUUCAAAAAUCAAAGUUGUACGCUGGCGGAGGGGGGAAGAGAGGGAGAAACAGCUGUAACUCUAUAUAUUCCCCUCAAGAUAAACUUGUCAGAAUAAGCAUAGAGUCUGAUACAUGAAAUGAUGGAUUUGUUUUUAAAGGUACAAAAUCAACAUGCGUGCAAAGAUUGUAUCACUAUUCAUACUACUUUUUGAUCACGGCUAGAAAGAAAUUCCACUUAAAAGGUAUCAUGUACAAGCAGUGUUUAAUAAACCAGAGUAUAGUAAUUGUUAAUUCUUACAGUUUCCUUUAAUUUUUAACACUUAAGUUGAAUCAAAUGUUUACAAGAAAAUUAUGUGAAAAUUAUUCUACUUGGGGAGGAAUUAGAAAACUGAAUGGAGGAACUAUAGAGUAUUACAUUUACAUCUUAGUUCACUGAACAGUUUAUGGUAUUUUCAAUUUUCAAGCACAGUUCUCUAUUUACUGGGAAAUAACUCCCACUGAAUUUAGUGAGAAUUAGUUCACAAUAAACAUGGAUAGGACUUUUAAUCUAUGUUUUCUUUAUCUGAUAAAUUAAAUAUGUUCCUCUGAAGUAUUUGUAAUUGGAUAAUUAUUACAUAAGAUUUUUAAAAGAUACAUGGCAAACACAAGCCUUAACUUGAAUGGAUUAAUGCUUAAUGAUGGAUUUGAGGCACACUGUGCUGUAUGUAUUUCCACUUGCCAAAAAUAAAUAAAAAGUACCUGUAUGCAGGUAUCUUAUCUUUACCAAUAAA